AAGAAGUCUCACGAAGCACAGCACCAUCCCAGGCAUCACCAUUCUCCGUUUUGCAGGCACUUGAAAGUGUCUACCUAAAAGAUCAGAUUUUCUCCGCCCUGAGCACUCUUCGCUUAGCCGUCUUUACGAUCUGUUACAUCUUCGACCGAAGCCUACGACCUUACCUGUAUAUUACCUUCUCAAGAAGCUUACCACGUAUCUACAUUGAAAGAGCACAAUGAGUGAAGGAGCUCCCCCCAAGCCCAGCAGUAGCGUCAAGCUGGUGCUUCUCGGAGAAGCCGCAGUCGGCAAAUCAUCGCUAGUAAUGCGCUUCGUGAACAACGACUUUCAAGAGAACAAGGAACCGACCAUUGGCGCCGCGUUUCUCACCCAAAAGUGCACUUUGCCAUCCAGGAUAAUCAAGUUCGAGAUAUGGGAUACAGCCGGGCAAGAGCGGUUUGCAAGUCUUGCGCCAAUGUACUACCGUAAUGCACAAGCUGCGCUUGUUGUUUACGAUAUUACAAAAGCUUCUUCUCUCACGAAAGCGCAACACUGGGUAGCCGAACUGCAACGACAAGCUAGUCCGGGGAUUGUCAUCGCUCUUGUAGGCAACAAGUUGGAUUUGGUGAAUCCUUCCGAAUCGGCGGGUGAGGAAAGCGCAACAGAGGGCGAGGAGGUUUCAGCUGCUGAGGACAAUGACGACGCACGAAAGGUGCCCAGCAAGACGGCAAGAGCGUAUGCUGAGGAGGAGGGUCUACUUUUCUUCGAAACGAGCGCUAAAACAGGCGAGCGGGUGGCAGAAGUGUUCACCGCGAUUGCAAACGCUAUUCCCGAGACUCAGCUGAAAGGACCGAGAGGAGCACAGCAGAACAGACAAGAGGAGAGCAGAGUCAAUCUUGGCCAGGGCAGAGACGCAAACACGAAAGAUAAUUGUGCUUGCUAAGAUGGAAAAUAGAAUGAUACCUGUUCGUUCCAUGCGCUGGAGUCCGGAGCCCGGCAUGGAGCUUUCUUCUCCUGCUUGUUUUCAUUUCGAAUGGAAAAUGGAUGACCACAGGAAGCUGCUCCGUAUGGACUGGAAAACAUCCAAGCUGUGCCAACACUGCAUAGAAUUUCGUCUUCAAUGAUGUCCACCGCGCUGCUGCUGCUUUACGCGUUCUCAGUCUGGUACGUUGAGCUGCUAUUGAAGGACUUCUUAAUGUCUAAUUCUCAACGCACUGUCGAACUGAGUGAAAGCGUAGCGAACGAAAGCCAUGUGGUCCUCUCGUUCAAGCUAGCAAAUCUUGUUUCGACAAGAUGACAUUUGAUGUUUGAUAUAGACAGUUUCUAGCCAUACUAUUUUGUUCAAUUCGCGGCAAAUACUCCAAAACGAUUUACUUGUAGGGCAUCGCCUGAGCAGCUCAUCCUCAACGGUUGUCAAUUUGCUUGCGAGGCGCUGUUGCCUCGGGGUGGCGUUUGCAUGUGUGGCUGGUGCUUGACUUAUAUACUUAUGUUCAAAUAAGACGUCAUUCACGAUUCACC